GUGUGCAAAAUAGUCAGUAUUGAGCAAGAUGCAAGUAAUCCAAAACGUACGAUCCCACGAAAACAAACGAUUUCAAUUGCCGUGGGUUCCUUGGCAUCAGGAGUGGAUGCAGAGACCAAAACUGACCACAAAAAGGAGGAUCUUCCAAAGGCAAAGCAAGCGACCUCACAAAGCUAGUUGUUAGGGCAACGAAAUCGGAUCUAUCAUGGCACCUCAGAAGAUUUUGGUCAAUGCCGAGCCUCAGGACGGCAACAGCAGCAAAGUCGACUUCCCUCGCGCUGUUGUUCUCAUCAUGGGAUGGUGGGGCGCCGAAUUGCGUCAUGUCGAAAAAUAUGCCGAGCUCUACCGCAAGCGAGAUUGUGCGACCGUAUCGGUUGUGGCAGAUACCCUUGAGGUCAUGAUGCAUCUGGGAUACCCGAGCUUGGACGGUUGCGUUCGCGACGCCGUGUCGGAAGUGGCGAAAAUUUUGCGAGACAAUGAAAAGGACGGAAAGAAGAUUCCCGUCAUUCUCCAUUCGUUUAGCAACGCUGGAUCGUUCCUCGUAGAACGAAUGGAGUGUCUGAUUCAACUGGCUAGAGAGGACCUCAAGAUGCGCGGCAGUGAGGACUUGUGCCUCGUCGGAGCACGAUUGGAUGGACAGAUCUUCGAUUCUUGCCCCGCUUAUCCAGACAUCAAGUUGGGCUUCACGAGCACCAACGGAGUGGUGUUUGGACAAUCGCUGAUCAUCAAGAUAAUCGUGGGUAUCCUCUUUUUCUUGGCCGGAGCCGUGUCCGUGGUCUUCAACUGGAUCUUGGGACUACCCGACGUGCGCUGGACGUUCUGGAACAACAUGAGAGAGGGACGGGUCUGUCUUCGACAAGCCUACAUUUACAGCACUGCCGAUAGCAUCACCAACGUGUAUCGAUUGGAAGAGCUCAUUGAGAACCGAAAGAAGUUCUCCAAUGUGACUGUGCAGAAAUUCGACGACUCGAAGCAUGUCACACACAUGAUGAAGCACCCUCAGACCUACGAAAAGUUGGUCGACGACUUUGUUCGUGACACGAGACUUGCCUAACAAAAUGAUAUCAUUCGCACCAUUAGAGAACAACUUUCGCGCUGUUGGGGCCUCGGGACUUGAAGGAUCAUUUGUUGCAGAAGACGAGCGCACCUUCUGUAAUGAUUACUGCGGCACUAACGAAAAGAAAGGCAAUGGCCACUGACCCCUAUUUUAGAAACAAAUGCAUACCGAUACAUAAUCACCAUGUUUUC